AAAAUCGCUCUUCAUUCAUUCAACCCCUAAAACUAAUCGUUCUUCGUUCAAAUAAGCGAUUAUUCUCUUCAUUCAAACCCUAAAAGCGAUUGUGUUCUUCUUUUCUUGCAUCCUCCACACUAUUCUCUCUUCAGUUUCUUCUUCUCUUUCUCUCUGUAACAACAAACAAAUAACCGAUUAUUCUUCACUUCUUCAUGGCUAAAAAGCGCGUCCGAAAAUCUUCCACAUCCCCUAACAAACGCCGUCGCAAAUCACAAGAAAUAGUUUCUUUACUUCCUUCUGAACGGAAGAAUGUGAAACAAUCAUCUCCUAACCUCGAUGCCUUCUUCGUCGGAGAUCCACUUCCGGCGUCCGAAGCACAAGCAACAUGGCCCUUCCGUUACUCAAAUCCAGAUGGUUCUAGCGAAAACGCUCCCUUAAAAGCGAAAUUUCAUUACCGUGAAGGAAGUGUUGAUGGCGUUGUUUAUCAGCUUAAUGAUACUGCAUAUGUCAAGGCUGAGGAUGGUAAACCGGAUUAUAUUGCGAGAAUUGUUGAGUUCUUUGAAACUUCUGAUAACGAACCAUAUUUUACUGCGCAAUGGUUUUAUAGAGCGGAAGACACUGUAAUUAAGAAUCACAGUGGUUUAGUUGACAAUAUGAGGGUUUUCAUUUCUGACGUGAAAGAUGAUAAUCCUUUGGAUUGUAUACUUAGGAAAGUUAACAUUGCGCAAGUCUUGCCUAAUGUGGAUUUGGCUGAGAAGAGAAAGGAAAUACCAUCCUGUGACCUUUAUUAUGACAUGAAGUACACUGUUCCUUAUUUAACAUUUUCUAACAUUGACAAUGAAAAUGUCAAAAUAGAAAGUGAAAAUAAUGCUGAGAAGUCAGACUGGAGUUUAUUGGAUUUGUAUUCUGGCUGUGGAGCCAUGUCUACGGGCCUUUGUUUUGGAGCUUCUAUAUCUGGCAUCAAACUUGUCACGAGGUGGGCUGUUGAUAUGAAUAAAUAUGCCUGUGAAAGUUUGAAGCUAAAUCACCCUGAAACACAGGUUAGAAACGAGGCUGCAGAAGACUUUUUAAAUCUUCUAAAAGAGUGGGAAAAGCUCUGCAAUGAGUUUAUAUUUAAACCGUUAGAAAGUGCAGCUUCUGAUGAAAAAGCUGAUGAUGAAGAGCCAGAAACUCAAUCGGACUCUGAGGAGUUUGAGGUGGAAAGGUUUAUUUCAGUUUGCUAUGGCGAUCCCAAUGAACAAAAGAAACCAGGACUGUACUUUAAAGUGCAAUGGAAGGGCUAUGAUUCCAAUUAUGAUACAUGGGAGCCAAUAGAGGGAGUAAGUGAAUGUAAAGAUGCCAUGAGAGAUUUUGUUACAAAAGGAUAUAAGGAAAAGUUAUUGCCUCUUCCUGGUCAAGCUGAUUUUAUUUGUGGGGGACCACCUUGCCAAGGAGUUAGCGGAUACAAUCGCUUCAGAAACCAAAAAGCUCCGUUGGAGGAUGUGAAAAAUAAGCAACUAAUUGUGUAUAUGGAUAUCAUUGAUUUUUUGAAGCCGAAGUAUGUACUGAUGGAGAAUGUUGUUGACAUUUUGAAAUUUGCCGGUGGGUUUUUGGGCCGCUAUGCCGUAGGCCGUCUUGUGUCCAUGAAUUAUCAAACUAGAAUGGGAAUGAUGGCUGCAGGGUCGUUUGGCCUUCCGCAGUUUCGGAUGCGUGUUUUUCUUUGGGGAGCUCUUCCUAAUCAAAAUUUGCCUGCGUAUCCGUUACCAACUCAUGAGGUUGUUUCAAGAGCUGUCAUACCCACCGAGUUUGAAGAAAUCACAGUUGCUUAUGCCGCUAAUGAGAAUUGUAAGCUGGCUAAUGCAGUUUAUCUUAAGGAUGCAAUAAAAGAUCUCCCUGCUGUUAAUAAUGAUGAGAGCCAGGAUGAAAGGAACUAUGGGACAACCCCUAUUACAGAUUUCCAAAAAUAUAUAAGAGCACCAAGUGGAAAGCUGUAUGAUCAUCUCCCGUAUAAAUUAAAUAAAGAUGACUACGAAAGAGUGUGCAAAAUUCCAAAGACAAAGGGGGCAAACUUUAGGGACUUACCCGGAGUGAUCGUUAAAGGCAGAAAAGUGGAAUGGGAUCCCGCAGUUGAAAGAGUCUUGCUAACAUCUGGGAAGCCUUUGAUACCCGAUUAUGCCAUGUCAUUUGUUCGUGGGACCUCAACUAAGUAUGUAUAUGUGCACAUUAUCUGUUUUCUAUCAUCAAAUUUUCUGGUUAUUUCAAUCUAUAUCAAGUUUCUCAUGUCCUUGCUGAAAAACGACAGGCCAUUUGGUCGUUUGUGGUGGGAUGAAAUUGUGUCUACAGUUGUAACAAGGCCAGAGCCUCACAAUCAGGCCCUUCUCCACCCACUCCAAGACAGAGUUCUUACCAUUCGAGAGAAUGCAAGGUUACAGGGAUUUCCAGAUUGCUAUCAACUUUGUGGCACUGUCAAAGAGAGGUACAUACAAGUUGGAAAUGCAGUUGCUGUUCCUGUUGCUCUUGCUCUCGGAUACACGUUAGGAUUAGCUAUUCAAGGACUGUCUGACAACAAGCCUUUGAUGACUCUCCCAUUCAAGUAUCCAAGUUGUCUUGCCCAACUUUUGGCUAUAGUUAAGGAUGAUGAUUCAAGCCUCUGAUCAUCUUUCUACAAUCCCAAUCUCCCAUUUUUAGGUAGAAUUUCCAUUUUAAGUUGACAGUACACUGUGGGUUGAAGGAUUGUAUGAAUGAUUGUUUGUACAAUUAUUAACAUUAUUUUAAUGAUUUAACAUUCACUUUAGUGCAGUGCAAUAUGUAUGCUUCACAAAUUGGAAUUGAGUUGAUGACACUUACGUUUAAUCCAAGUUAUUGUUAUCUCGGUCUUCAAACAUAUUAAGUUAUCUUACAAUCAGUUCUUUUGUUUUUAA